CAGAUUAUGUGUAUCAUCUAUGGAUAAAAUAUUAAAUGUGCGUGAUGGAAAACUAAAAAUAUAUUAUUUGCUGUUUUAAAUAUUAGCACUCAAUCAAUAUCCAAAUAUCAUGGGAAGUCCUGAAAGAGAACUGUGCCCUCCACCCUCUGAAGAGGAUGAACUGACUCUACCUAGAGCUAGUAUAAACAAAAUGAUAAAGGAGUUAGUACCUUCUGUUCGAGUUGCUUUUGAGUCAAGAGAACUAAUACUUAACUGUUGCACAGAAUUUAUACACUUAAUUAGUUCUGAAGCAAAUGAAGUGUGUAACCAAAGCAAUAAGAAGACAAUUAAUGCUGAACACGUUCUCACAGCUUUAGAACGACUAGGUUUUAGUGAUUACACAAUAGAAGCAGAGGCUGUGUUAAAGGAUUGCAAGGCUGUAGCUGCCAAAAGACGGAGACAGAGCACCAGACUUGAAAAUCUAGGAAUACCUGAGGAAGAACUUUUAAGGCAACAGCAAGAAUUAUUUGCUAAGGCACGAGAGGAGCAAGCGAAACAAGAACAACAACAAUGGCUGCUUCUCCAACAACAAGGAUUAGUUGGAGCUGAAGGCACACAAGCACCUUACAUCCCUCCACCGGUUGCGCCAAAACCCGACGAUGAUGAGGAUGAUGAUUAUUCAUAGGAACCUAAUUAUGUAAAUUUAAGAAUCUUCGCUUGACGAAACUUUUAUCAUAUGCAAUUGGCGAUAAAGUAGCUCUUCGGAAGCCCGAUGCAACGCUUUAUUUUGACAUAGGAACAAAUUAAUCGCCAAAAUGGACUAUAACAGCCGCCAAAACGCGCUAUCGAUUUCCCAAACCAUCGCAGUAAAUUGACGCAAUCGGAUGCAGCGACAUUAUUUAUUGCCAAAUGCCAAUGGUAAAAGCAUCGCAAGGGCUAUGGACUUAGUCACACACGACAUUCAAAGAGAUAAAAUUUCAAACUACUUUUGAUAUUAAAUACAAUAAAACCAUUAAAUGAUAGAAUGCUAUUAAGUGUUUAAAAAUGGACUUUCAUUGAAUAUUUUUACGUGGAUAUGGCUUGAUAAUGUUUUCGAGUAAGUGCUUGCGCGUGUGUGUAUGUGUGUGUGCGUGUGCGUGUGUCGCACGACGAUUGUUCGCUCGAUUUGUUUCAUGGCUCACUUAAUUCGAAUGGUAUAUAUAUUUAACUUACACGUGGUGCGCUCCCAUCCUUGAUCCCCGAAAGCUAAGCUCAGUGCGUCCUUUGUACGACAUGAGCUAUUUAAUUCAAUUCAAAAAUAUCUAUUUCUGACUCCAAGGAUGACAGGGCAAGCACUGUUGUAUUUCUUUUCGUAGGAAACUGUAGUCUGUAAUUACUUUUUAAGACCUUAACCCUUAAUUUGAUAAUGUAUGCCCCAACAUACAUCAACUUUAAAAAAAUAUUUUGUAUUAGAAAAUACAUAAAUAACGUAAAAUUAUAUUUUUAUCACCUUGCAACCUAAACAACUUUUAGUAGAAAAUAUAAAACAGGCAUCUGGUAUCACUAGUUUUGACAUUAGUUGACGAAAAUGGCGUACCGGCGGCCGUCAGCUGUUCUCUCCAAGUUAUUUAUAUAAUUUUAUUGAUUAUUACCCAGUUUGGGAAAAGUUUCACGACUGAAUCCUAUGCUUGAUAUCAUGAUUAUAUAAUUUGUCUAAUAAGUUUGCAGUUCUAACUUCUUACAUUGGUGUUAUUUUGGAUAUUAACAUGAUGUAUGCUGUGACAUACAUUGCCAAGUUUGUAAAAAAAUACCCCUAUUUAAUUUGUAUGUCAGGGCAUACAUUGCCAAUUUUAGGGUUUUGCUUUGCUUAGUUUGUAUAUUAGCAUUUUUUUUCUUUGUCUGCAGCAAAAGCUUGAAACUCGUGGUGGUAGAGUUUUAGCGCUUGUCCCUGCUCAAAAUGCACCCUCUGAUGAUAGUGAACAUUCUGAUAUUGAAGACGAAAUACGUGUGCACACACCGCUUUUCAUGUCCAGCUCCUCUGCACCCUCAAUUGAUAGCUCUUUAGAAAGACUUAAUCUUCUAGAUGAUGAAGACCCCACCAGCGAAAAUGUUCGCCUUACACCAAUUUUCCAAAAUGUUUAAUCAAGCCCAUCUCUAGAACCGAAUUUUAGUCAAGUACCAGUACUGAGUGAUAUUCCCUCAUUUCCCGCAACGCCUGCAACCCCUGCUACUCCUGCAACUGCUACACUAAUUGCACCUAAUGCACCCCCUGGUUUGGUAACACCUAGCAUGUCGACGAAUGCCUCCUCCACAUCACGUAUUUCCAGAAAAACAAGAUCACAACGUCCCACUGUUCAUGUUGCUAAACGACCUAGACGAAUGCAAAAGUUUACUCUUAGUUAUAAUUGGAAAAAAGCUGUGUUUCGACAUGUGGCUUCUAUAGAAGAGGAAUUGGAACCUAUCGGGAGCGUCACAGUCCUAACUCCCUUGAAGUAUUUCUACAAGUUUUUUUCCCCAGACAUUUUGACAGAUAUUGUCGAACAAACAAAUACGUAUGCAAUAUCUCAAACUGGACCUACUCUGGGUUUGACUGAAGACGAAUUACAGGAUUUUUUAGCGAUUCAUAUCAUUAUGGGUGUUGUAAGCAUGCCGUCUUAUACUGAUUAUUAGAGUUUGCGAUAUAGAUACAAACUUGUGGCUGAUUUGAUGCCACUAAAACGUUAUCAACAAAUACGUCGUUUUUACAUUUUGUUGACAACAAUGUACAAGAUUCUGACAGAUACUAUAAAGUUAGACCGUUAGCGCAAAAAAUAAGAGACAAUUGUUUAGCUCAAGAAAAUGAAAGGAGAUUCGGCAUCGAUGAGAUGAUGAUCCCAUACAAAGGGACAAAAGCAAGUUUCGUAACUGGCAAAAAUUCCCGUAAUUGUCAACUAGAUUACCAUGUGCCUACGUAAUUUCUAUGUAUUUUUUUAUAAAAAUAAAUAAUAAAUAUAAUAGUUGUUUUUUUUUUACAUACGUAGUCAGUACCUACAGUAAUUGGCAAUGUAUGCCCCUGCAUACAACACAUUUACGGUUUAUAUUCUUGAGUAGUUGGCGGUGUAUGUUGUGGCAUACAUGAGUUUUCAGGAAAACCAAGCUUUUCAGAUUUUUUUUCAAAUUUUUCUAUAGUCGUUUUAUGUGUAUAAAUAACAUUUCUGAUGACAAAAUUCAGGUUUUAUAGUAUUUUAUACUUUGCCAAAUUAAGGGUUAAAACCUACAGUAAUAUUUCCUAAGCAGUCCAACGUCCUACGCAGUGUUUUGUAAGUCAAAGUUCCUUAGGGAAUUGGCAAUGGAUAUGACCAAAGAGGAUAAUAUAUUUUACGGAAAGAUAUGAUUUGGAUGUGACAAUGACUAAAAAGCAUGACAUUGGUGUUAAAUCAAGUAUGUUUACUAUUUCUACUGUGUGGUUUCAAAAUUGAAAUUUAUAUGAUUUAUUUUUAUGAUUCAAGCGAUUCUAAAUCCAUCAUUAUGAAUUCUACAAAAUGAGCAAAGACCUACACGAAAAAUACAAAAAACCAAAACAGAAAAUACUUACAACUACAAAUCCGGAGUCAUCUUUAUCAUCUGCAUCAAAGAUAAGAAGACAAGAUUCUGAAACCAGACCAUCAGGACCUGAAUGUCCUUUAUUAGCUAAAGAUUCGGGAUGGGUAGAUAUACUGCAAAACAACCCAGCGAGCUCUUCUCAGUCAACGGACAAAUCCGUUGAAGAAGUAGAUUGCGAAGACAGACCAAAGAUGAAGCCACUAGCUAUUAUGUUUCCUGGUUUAUUGCAAGAAGAUCCCCAAACAUUGCAAGGAAUUCUAAACAAAGCAAUGUCUACAACAGAAGUGACAAAACAUUUGGUGGAUCUUGGCCAAAAAGCGAAUUUUACAUUUAUGAAAAAGGCGAAUCGCUUAAUUCCACCUGAGAAGGUAACGGCUUAUUUUCGUUUUCUUUUAUGACCAAUUGUAUGAUAACAAAAGUCAACAGUUAUGUAGGUAUCUAUCUAUACAAGAAUAUUCCGUACUUAAAUCAUUUUAGAAGAAUGUUUAAUUAGAAACUCCCCUACAUUAAGUUUUUUUUUAUUGAUAAAUAUUAACUAAUGAAAAUGUAGUCAGGUAAGAAGACUAGCUUAGGAACAAAAGUGCUGAACCCCUUAGGUGAUCUGUUAUAUGUUCUAGGGCCGUAAGUAAAAAUGCUAGUAUGUCCGGGUAAUAUUACGUAGGACUUUGUACUAACACGAAUGAUUUCUUAACAGUACACACUGAUUGUAUUGCAAUACAAUAAUCAUGCAUUAAACUUCAUAUAUCGGUCUUAGGAUAAGUACCUUGAAAUAUUAUUUCUAAUUUUACAUAAUGCUUAGGUGCUCUAAAAUAUUGCCUUCGCCCGCAUGAAAAGUCUUUCCUGCUACAAAAAUCCCAAGAUCACUGUAGCGAUCCAUAGCGCCAUCUGUACGCCAGCGCCGUCUACUUAAAAAAUCAGAUAAAAAUUCAAAUAUUUAAAAUGGGAGCAAAUUACCAGGAUAGAAAGUAGCUAACAAUAGUUUAAUUCAAUCACUUUCCAAAUAUUCGCGUUUAUAAUAUUAGUAAGAUAAGAAGUAAAAUUGCCCAAUGCACAUACACAUGGUCGCCGCCAAGAAUAUUUUUAGGGAGGUGCAUCUGCAUCUGGUGUUAAAACCUCUGUUUUCGAUAGUUCUCAUUGUCAUUCAGAUAUUUUUAUUGUGAUUUGUUCCGGACAGGAGUGGGCACGUGCAACUCCUCUCAGCGCCCAUGCACAUACAUCAUUUCAUUAAUUUGUUGCUAUAGUGCAGCCAUCCUGACUAUAGGCAGGCUGAUAGCCUGCUAUCAACCCUGUCAGGUUUAAGGGAAAGAUUUCCGCCACUGGGUAGAUUUUUUUUAUGGCGUCAUAAUUAUUAUAGGUUGAAUAAAAAUUCAAUUAAUUAUAUUGAGAGCGGCACACACACAUGAUAUUUUUUUAUUUGUAUGCGGCAUGCACACGCCGGACGUGAUUUCUCCGGAUAUAUACUUAGUACCUAUUGCGCUCUAUUUAUGCACAUGGGUACUAAGUGAAAUUGUAGGUAUUGCAAAUUAUUAUUCGCUUGGAAAUAAAUAGUUACUUACUUUAAUUACGAAAUAAGAUAAAAACUUUUCUAACGAUUAGUGUCGUCAUUAUGUAUUGUAAAAUCCUUUCAGCAAUGGCUGGAAAGCGUAACUGAAACCAGCAAUUCAUUUAGUUCUAUUAACUCUCCAUCGCCAAAUGACUGUGUAUCAAAACGUAAAGAAAGGUCUAAGAGAAAUUAUGAUAAUGCUGACAAACUAGAAGAAAACUUUUAAAGAAAACAACACCAAAUGUAAUUGUGUAUUAAAUGAAAAAGUAAA